AUGUAUUAUCCAUUUUUUUUAUUUUCAUUGUGUGUUAAUGCUUUCCGUUGGCUUCUGUGUCGACUUCUGAUUGACAGUUCUCAGAGAUUACAGUCCCAGUCUCAGAAAGGAAAUGAUGGAUUCACAGCCAGGAAUAACAGUCAGGCAUACUUCUGCAGGUCACUAGCUCUAGCUUAUAUAGAGCUAACAGUCCUUGACCGGUUUGUGACCUUGUUACGAGAGGGCAAAGAUGGAGAGCCUGUUCCUGCAGAUCUUGUUCAAGUUUUGGUCCGUAUUGCUGCUCUGUUCGGACUCUGGAGUCUUGAGAAACACCUGACAUCAUUGUAUCAAGGAGGCUACAUAUCAGGAAGUGAGCCACCUAAGAUGAUCAGGGAGGCCAUUUUACAGCUUUGUUAUGAACUUAAAGAUGAUGCUGUGGCUCUCGUUGAUGCCAUUGCUCCUACAGACUUCAUUCUGAAUUCUCCGAUUACAAGAUCUGAUGGACAGAUUUAUAAGAACUUGUACAGUGCAAUGAUUCAAGGACCCAAUGCUUUAGAAAGACCCACUUAUUGGAAAGAAUUUGUGGAUAAACCUGUAAUUGGAAGCAAGUCCAAAUUAUAAAAUGAAACUCUUCUUGUUAGAGCUUUGCUUAACAAGUCAAUAUAUUUUGUGUAU